CCCAGUUACGCACAGACCUAAUUGGACAGCACCAAUUAUAGCGGUCGAUGCCUAGAGUAUUUCCGUUGGUUGGAUUAUAUUAGAUUACGUGAUUGGUGGUGUUCGAUCGGGUCUGUGCGCAUCUGGGACCCUCCCGAUGAGCAUAUCAUUUCAAUCAUCAAGUUUUGUAAAGUUUUAUUUUACCAAAAUUUCAUAUGUAAAUUUAUAUAUGUAAACCAUAAAUUACAUUUGCAUUUUGCAAUAUGAAUUGAAAGAAUUAAUAUGAUAAUCGUAGUUAUCGAGUUAAAUUAAAUGGAUAAAAUUAGAAUGAUUAAUUCAGAGUGUAGAGACAUUGAAGUUAGGAAGAUUUAAGUUAGAGGUUAGGGUUGGGUUCCAUCACAUAUUGACAUAUAAAAACCUACCUACGAUGGAUGAAAGUAAGACAACAGAGAAAGAACUUCAGGCUGAUGGUCCUCACAAGAUAUCUAAAUCCGAUAACAACUCCGAGGAUUCUGCAAUGAGUCCUCAACAAUCCUCUCCAGAGAAGGAUCCUGAACAUAAUGAUGAUGAUGGAUGGUUAGAUAUUCUUGGCAACGGUCAGUUGAAGAAAAAAGUUAUACAGAAGGGUAAAGAAAAUGUUAAGCCACACAAAGGCGAUAUAUGUACGAUAAAAAUGUCGGGUGUGCUCGAUGAUAAUACAGUUGUAGAAGACUACGAUAAUUUAACAAUACAGAUAGGAGAUCUGGAAGUAGUACAGGGAUUAGACCUAACUAUUAUAUUGAUGGAAUUGGACGAAAUUACUCAAAUUCUAGUUCAUCCCAGAUUUGCUUAUGGCUCACAGGGAAAAGAAUCUAUACCACCUAACGCCAAUAUUACAUACACAGUUGAAUUGAAAAUGAUAGAAGAUGAACCUGAGAUGGAAACUUUAAGUAUUGAGCAAAGGAAAAAAAUUGGCAAUAGGAAACGCGAGCGUGGAAAUUGGUGGUUUAUUCGCAAAGACCUCAGUUUUGCGAUACAGUGUUAUCGAAGAGCAUUACAAUAUCUACAGCUAGAUAAUAAUACAAAUUGGAAUAGCAACGAAGAAACGCAUCCGGUUACUGAUAAAGAACUACAGGCUUUGUUGGAUGAUAGUAUAAAGGUGUACAACAAUUUGGCAGCUGCAUUAAUUGAAACCGAAUCCUACCAUCAAGCUUUAGAAUAUGUAGAUCUAGUUCUGAAGUAUCAACCAACAAAUACGAAAGCCUUAUUUAGAAAAGGAAAAAUAUUAAAAAUCAAAGGAGAAUAUGCAAAGGCUUAUAUGGCGUUCGUUGAAGCAAAUAAGUUGGAACCAGACAUAAAAUCGAUACGAGCAGAAUUGAUAAGUUUAAAAGGAAAAAUUUCAAAAGAAAAUAAGAAGGAAAAAUAUUUAUAUGCUAGAAUGCUAGGUGUGAAUAAAGAUACUGAUAAACUAUCAAACAACACAAACAUAGAAGAUAAAAGGAAAAUUGCUAAAGGAAUUCUAUGGACUCUGCUUGGAGCGUCUGCUGCUGUCAUCGGCGGUAUACUCGUACACAGAUUUGUUUCGUGAAAACGGGAAAAAGAGUAUAAAGCUAAGAUAAAAACAAAAACGAACUAAGUUAAUGAGGUGCAAAAUAAAUUUAUAUUAGUAACAGAAAUAUAUAGUUGAGUAUUAUAAAUUCUUAUAAUUAUUUAAUAUAAACAUAUUUAAUGAGCCAAUAAACGGUAGGCAUAAAUACAGAAAAUAUUCUUUUCUGCUUGUAUAUACGCGUGUAUAUACAGCCUUUGCCAAAAGUAUUAGACAUCUGUAUUUUCUUCAUUUAACUGGAAUCUCUUUUGUUUAUGUUAUUUCCUUUCAAUUAACUGACGUUAUACAACAUUAUUUAUAUAAGUUUAAAGGAUUUUUGAAAAAUAAAAUUUAUAUUUUAAUUUCUGUUUAAAUCUUUUCGUUUAAAAAUAUUUUAAAAAAUAUAAGGUGUCUAAUAUUUUUGAUCCUGUAUAUAUGAUAUAAAUAAUAUUAUUUAGGUUUCAUAGUCGAUUCUUAUAUUUAAGACCGCUUUAAGUAUCAUUUUAAUACGUCAUCAACCAAUAAUAGCCGUAUUAGCAUCUUAGGACAUUGUUCGAAACAGUUUUAAAAUAAGGUCCGAUUGUGAAUACCGGUUUUAGGGUUGUAUUCAGAACAUGCUUGUCAUAAAAUUAGUUAUUAUAUCAUUCUAUCUUUAUCGGCAGAAAACAAGAAUGGAGUGGAGGGGACAAAACGCGCGCGCUAAUAUAAGCGCGUUCUGAGUACGAGCCAUAACAUAUGUAGGUGCUGUGAAGAAUUUGUAGGUAGGUUUGAGUUUGAAAUUGAAAUGUAUCGAUGUUAAUACUCAUUGCCACUCUUUUCACUUCAUAACUGUUUUCUCAUGUCUUUUUGCGUGUUUACAUUGGCGGUAGGUAAAUUCGGCUGUAUUUAUAAAUUAAUAAUUCGUUAACUAGUAUGAAAAUCAAAAUGGUAUAAGACUUUUCGACUUGGUUAAAUCCGCUUUACCUGCAUAUGACCGCUUUGUUAUUUUUUAUGAGACAUCCUAUAUAUGUAUAUAUAGUAUAUAUGCGUGUGUAUAUACACCAUACAUAGAAUUUAUCAAAGAAUUUAUUGUUUGUUACAAACAAUAAUUAUAUAAAAUGACUAUCUUACGAUUCAAACAUAUACGUAUUAUUUUUUUUAUAAUAUAUUAUUAAAAAUUAA